AUGAUCAGAAACCAAAGAAAGAUCCACAGGUAUUUGGAGGAGAGACUAGGCGGCCUCGCUGGAUUUUCCUCCAAGAACACUGGGAUGACUGUGAUGCACGUCAAGUUGUUUGCUGGGAAGACGGUAGCCGACGCGAAGUACAUUUCGGAUCAAGAUGAACAGGCGCAGUGGAAACGAUUUGUUAACGGUGCUCUUCCCGUCAACCCGCUCAAGAGUGAUGCACGGCUGCACUACGAUACGGACGGACGUCCUAUUCUCCCGAAAUGGGAAGACGAUUGGAACAGAGUAAAUGGCUCAGAAGUACUUUUAGCAUUUCUGCACAACAUGUGGGCCUUCGCGUAUAACGGGUACCCUCCCGUACAUCUAGACUUCAACGCGGUAGCGAUCGCACCGCAUCUGUUCUUUCGAAGCGAAUGGUGCAAAAAGGUCACCGAUCCAACGAACAUGAAGAUGAUAGACCUCGUGCGACUUUACCAAGACAUUCGCGACGCUCAAUUCACUUCGGAAGCAUUCAUCUUUGCCGCAAUGUGGAGAACGCCGCCACAAGCAUACUUCUCGCGCAACUCUCCAGAGCGCGACACUCGUGUGCACGACACUGCCUCCGAGGAUAUUCUUCGCUGCUAUGAUUAUCCACACAACGUUUUGCCGUGCGAUGCUCCUCUCCGCAACUAUCUGCAUCGCAUCGCUCCACCACCUAGCUCUCUGCCGGCGAUCCCGCCCCCGUACAACUCUCCGCAGUGCGACUCGCUUCCAAGCGACUACUCUCGAACGCGCUCCUCCAUGAACUACCCUCCUCACCCUGACGAAGUUGGCCAAAUCGUUCUUACGGACAACGAUGAUCGCUUUGUUCAGAACGACAACUCACUCCCCAUGUUAAGCCGUAACAUCAACUGGGAAAAGGCUCCUGUAACGGAAUCACAAUGGACAACACGCGAGAACAUCAGCGACGAUGAUACCUACGGGUCCCCGUCCCGCAAAGGCACUCAACAAACCAAGCACAACCCACCAGAUAUUAUCUGCUGUGACAACGCCGUUGAGAAUACUCUUCGACCAGACUGUUCUCCUGAACAUGUGGUCGCUCGCGAAGACGAACAUGUUCAUAUUCGCAAUACACCUUCGCCACCGAAACGAUAUUCAAAUAUUAUCCAGUACAACACUGUCCAGGGUGGAGUUGCUGCGGUGCAUUCUGGGAAAUCUGAUACGCAGCUUCAGCCAAAGCCGGUCACGAAAUUCUACUCGAGGGAGCAGCUGUUCCGCGAAAACGGAAAGAAGGGCAUAGAACAAACGACAACGACGGCCACGCCGACAAGAAAAUACGCCUUCAAGCUACAGAUGGAUCUUCUCCCAAGCCCCUUCAAUACACAGCCUUCAUCGAGGACCACGCCGGUAACGAAGAAGACCAUCAGCAGGGCAGGAUUCCUCCACAGUCUUACGUAG